GCAACAUUUACCAAGUCAUGAUAAGAUUUUAAAAGGAAAAUCCACCUAAGUUGAAACGCAAGUGAAACACGUGGGGAGAGAAGAUGGGGCGCGCGAAGCUUUUACGCCCCCCCAAGACACGUUAUUCCCGCACGACAUCCAGUCCUGAUAAGCGGUAUUAUCUCGGUCAGCUUCCAAGAGGCCACUGGAAGGAGACUGUCACGUGACCUCGGGUGCCAAUGUUCUUCCAGAAGGUCGUCGGGACCCUGGUAGCCAGUGACACUCUUUUCGGAAAUGCAGAAAACAACCUAUUACGACAACUCAACGCUUUUCGGAGGUUACUCGUACCAGGGGGCCAACGGCUACAGUUAUGAUGCGCAGCAGCCCGCCUAUCAGCCCUCGGCUCACCUGGACAGCAGCUACCAGAGGUCCGCGUGCUCGCUGCAGAGCCUCGACAGCAGCACCGCGCAGCACCUGCAGGCCAAGCCAAAAGAGCUCAAUGGGAGCUGUAUGCGACCCAGUCUGCCACCCGAACACCACCAGUCCACCCCCGUGUCCCCACCCCACAACCCCACCAAAAACGCCAACAGCAGCGCAGCGCAACAGCCGGGAACCAGCAGCAGCAACAGCGGCGGAGGUGGCGGAGGCGCGACGAAAACAGCCCCCAAGUCCUCCUCGAACGCCUCCAACCCCACGCUCAACAAGCAUAUAUUCCCCUGGAUGAAAGAAUCCAGGCAGAACGCAAAGCCGAAGAGCAGCUCGCCCAGUGUCAGUUCAGCUAACGCGGAGAGCAGCAGCGGCGAGAAAAGCCCCCCAGGCUCCGCGGCUUCCAAAAGAGCGCGCACUGCCUACACGAGCGCGCAGCUGGUGGAGCUGGAGAAGGAGUUCCACUUCAACCGUUAUCUGUGCCGGCCGCGUCGCGUGGAGAUGGCCAACUUACUCAACCUCAGCGAAAGACAGAUAAAGAUCUGGUUUCAGAACCGCAGAAUGAAGUACAAAAAGGACCAGAAGUGCAAAGGAAUGGGCUCCUCUUCGGGCGGGCCGUCUCCAGCGGGUAGUCCGCCUCUCACAAUGCAGUCGUCAUCUGCUUUCAUGAACUCCAUGCACACAAUGGCUGGUAACUAUGACGCCCCCUCUCCGCCAUCUUUUAGUAAGUCUCAUCAAAACCCUUAUUCGAUAUCCUCAGCUUAUCAGACCCCCAUGAAAAGCUGCCCCUCCCAACAGAAGUACACCAACGCGGCGUCGGAAUACGACCCACACGGUCUACAGGGUAACGGUGGUACAUAUGGAACGCCUAAUAUGCAGGGUAGUCCUGUCUAUGUUGGAGGAAACUAUGCGGAUUCCAUGCACACUUCCGGUCCAUCUAUGUACGGCCUAAAUCACCUGCCACACCACCAGUCUAAUAACAUGGACUAUAACGGUGCCACGCAAAUGCCUACGAGCCAACACCAUGGACCAUGCGAACCGCAUCCAACAUACACAGACCUUGCCGUGCACCAUCCAUCUCAGGGUAGAAUCCAAGAGGCCCCUAAGUUAACGCAUCUGUAGCAGGCCUGGAAAGAAAACCAAGAUUGUUGGGCACUGCAAUGGGAUUGACAACAGAAAAAAAAAUAGCCCAGUGGUUUCUUGUUGUGUCAGAAACACAAUCUGUGUUGAUGUUGCGCGGGUUUUGUUUCGUGUGAUAUUCGUCUACAGUGUAUUUCCCUUUUUCUUAUUUUUAAAAUCACGUGAAACACGACCCAGGCCCUUAGAAUAAAGAUAGUUCAACGAAACGUAAGUUUGGGAAACGUUUAUAGAUGCUGUAAUGUCCGUAUGUUAUCCUUAUUGCAGCCUUUUAGGAUAUGUCCUUAUAUAGAGCAGGCGGCCUUCUGCCUCAGCAGAAGAAGCUAGCCUUGUUGACGUCAUCGAUGUGCCCAGAUAGCCCGUUGUGGCUUGGAAUAAUUCAAGACUUCAAUCCUUUCAAGUAUCUUUAACUGGAACAAGAAAACCACUGGAUUGUUUUCAGUUAAUUUUCUUUCUCAUGUUCCCUCUUUUUCUUUUCUUAAAUGUGUCGCUAAAAAUGUUAUUAUAAUUCAUCUUUUGGCACCAGCUCUAGCAAUAGAGGUGUCGCUUUCUUGUGGUCUCACAUAAUGCCCUUACGUUUGUCGUUACGUUUUACGGACGGUAUAAAUAUCGAAUUGUGUUAUGGGUAUAUGCAUCAAAGUCGUGUGGUAUAUGCACAAGCCAUUUGGGUUGCCAUCAGCCAAGUGUACGAGUUGGGAAAAACCAUUACCAGAGCCUCAUCGCCCACUUUCCCCACCUUUAAUACCGCUGACUCACUCCGCACAGUUAACGUGCACCAGCCAGCUCAUGAAAAGCCCACCUUUUUUGAACUCUCGUGAAAACAGGGUAUAUUUGAACAUGCCCAGGAAACGAGUCCUACGUGAAUUUGUGUAGGCAUUCACGGAGGCUCUCUCGCCUGGACAUCUCAGUUGCACUUAGAGUUUACAUUUUAAUGGGAGAUAAAAAAUAUUUUGGAACGGAAGGCCUCCAAUAAGCUCAAUCCUGGACGUCUGUGUGAGUGUGUGUUCAAGUGAACAUUAAUAAAUAUAUAUAUUUAUUUGUAAUAGACCGUUUUAAUAAUUCUUAUUUUGUAUUAUUUAUCCCCAUGUAUUUAUAUCAAAUGUACAUUUUAGUAUUCACCUGUUAUAAAGACAUUGUGUUAUUGUCAUGGUAACAGAUUUAUUUCAGUUAUUGUCUUUUAGCGAUGAGUAGUUUUAUGUUACCCUUGUAUAUAUAUAUAGUGUAAUGAGUUAUACAGGAGGAACGCAAACGGAUUCAGACCGUUAUUGAAUACUCCAGAAAUAGACGAAGUGUUGCUAAACCCUUUUUGGAAAACCUCCUUAGUUCUUUGUAGUCACUUUUGCUUCUUUGUUAAGAGUUGCCUGUUAAACAAUUCUUUAAUAAAAAAAAAAAUCAUGUUAUUGUA